CAGUUUGACCACAUUGUUCUCCAAGGAGAGAGGAGGGCAUUUACUGUACCUCUGAACAGGCCAACCUUUGAUCUCUAUAAAAAUGACUUGUGUAACACAGAGUAAAAUGCUGCUCCGGUGUUGAUUUGGAUCAGUAUCAACAAGCUGCAUUGAGUCUUCCUCGUCCUCCACACAGAGGACAAAAUGAUGAAAGGCUAUUCUUUGGAGAAGAUGGAUACUCGAGGAGUCUCUUUUAACGAAGAUAGUUUCCGACGGAGAACUGGAUCUGUGGCCUCCAGUCCAGAACAUACUGAUUUGGACAACGGUGAAAUAGCCUCCCCUACCCUAUUCGGAAAAUACCACCAGAGCCUUCAGACCCUCAAACCCUUCCGCUGGUCCUCAUCCCAGUCCCACCCUUUGGACAAUGCAGGUUUCCUGUCCUUCACAACCUUUGCCUGGAUGACCCCCAUGAUGUGGGCCUUGUUCAGGAAUAAGCUGGACAUGAGCUCUCUCAACCUGUCUACUUUGGAUGUAGCCGAAGCCAGCGGAGAAAGGCUCCACAGACUCUGGGAGGAAGAAGUGGCAAAGGUGGGCCUGGACAAGGCCUCUGUGUUUCGAGUUGUUCUUCGCUUUCAAAGAACAAGGCUGAUUCUGUCUGUCAUUGUUGCUGUCCUUGCCAUGAUGGCAUCUUUUCUGGGGCCGGCGGUUCUGGUCCAUGAGAUCCUAAAAUAUGUUGACGGCCCGGAGAAGUCCACAGUAUUCCAUGGUGUUGGUCUGUGCUUCGCUUUGUUCACAUCAGAUUUCUUCAAAGCCUUCUUCAUAUCCUUGAUGUGGGCCUUGAACCUGCGCACUGCAGUCAGACUGAAGGGUGCCUACUCUACAUUGGCCUUUCAGAAAGUCAUCUCUCUGCGGAUGCACAGCGGCAUUUCAAUGGGAGAGAUUAUUAGUGUUUUGACCAGCGAUGGCCACAAAUUAUUUGAGGCAGUAUUGUUUUCAAGUUUCUUAAUUGCCACCCCAGUGCUCUUUGUUAUGUGUACCAUCUAUGCCUGCUACGUUCUGGGCUACACCGCACUGACUGGAGUCUGCAUCUACCUCAUCUUCCUCCCUGUACAGUUUGGCUUGGCCAAGCUCAUUAACAUAUUCAGAUGGAAAAGCAUAUUGAUAACAGACAGCCGUGUUCGUACAGUGAAUGAGAUUCUCAGCAGCAUCAAACUCAUCAAGAUGUACGCCUGGGAAGAUUCCUUUGAGAAGAAGAUCGCAGGCUUAAGGAAAAAUGAGAAGAAGGAACUGCAGAGGACCAGUUACGUCCAGAAUGCCAAUAACAGCAUCACCAGCAUUGUCCCCGCCCUUGCCUGUAUUCCCACCUUCAUUGUACACACUAUGUUGGGCUUGAAGCUCGACACGUCUGAUGCCUUUACCACCAUCGCUGUCUUCAACGCUAUGAGGUUCUCCCUAGCUCUACUGCCCCUAAUUGUAAAGUCCUUGGCUGAUGCUGCUGUAUCACUAGCAAGACUCAAGAAAAUAUUGGUGAUCCAGAAUCCAGAGAGCUACCUGAUCCAGAAAAAAGACAGUGACUCAGCCAUAGUGAUGAAAAAUGCUACGUUUUCCUGGAGCCAGCCAGAGUCCCCACCUAGCACAGCCAAUGGGGUGAAGGGACACAAAGUGGAGGAGUUGUCCCAGAAUGGGAAGACUGAAACCUUGUCAACCCUGAGAAACAUCUCCUUCACGCUGCCUAAGGGCAACCUGCUUGGUGUCUGUGGGAACGUGGGGAGUGGAAAGACGUCGCUGAUUUCCAGCAUUUUGGAACAGAUGCACCUCCUGCAGGGCUCCCUCACAGCUGAUGGGACGUUUGCCUACGUUUCCCAGCAGGCUUGGAUAUUCCAUGGAACUGUUCAAGAAAACAUCCUGAUGGGGGAACCCUUUGACCAGUCCAAAUACAGCAGAGUUGUGGAUGUCUGUAGCCUCAGAGCUGACCUGAACAUCCUCCCAUAUGGUGAUCAAACUGAGAUUGGAGAGCGAGGGCUGAAUCUGUCAGGGGGGCAGAAGCAGAGGAUCAGCCUGGCCAGAGCGGUCUACUCCAAGAAGGACAUCUUCCUUUUUGACGAUCCACUAUCUGCUGUCGAUGCCCAUGUGGGGAAACACAUUUUUGAAGAAUGCAUUAAGAAGGAGCUCCAGGGAAAAUCUGUCAUACUGAUUACACACCAGCUCCAGUAUCUGGAGUACUGUGAUGACAUUUUAGUUCUGGAGGAUGGCGAGGUGCUGGAGGCUGGGACCGACCCCCCGGUAAAGACGCGAUACGACGCGCUACCGCUCAUCAGCAACUACCAGAUGGAACAGUCCCAAACUCAGAAUGAGGAGGAGGAGGAGGAAGUGUCACCCAAACACUCUGCCCAGCUGAAGGAUGUUGGGCUAAGAGAAAGCACAGACGGCGGGUUAGUGAACCCAGCAUUUGACAUGUCAGACGAACAGGAUGAUGGGACAACAGCUGUCCAGAAAUCUGCUGUCAGUGAUCAGCUGGUCAGUCAGGAGUCUACCACAGAAGGUUCCAUCUCCUGGAGAGUCUACCAUCAAUACUGCAAAGCAGCUGGAGGCUACAUCGUCUGCUUCCUCGCCAUCCUGAACAUCUUCCUGAUGAUUGGCUCCACAGCCUUCAGCAACUGGUGGCUCAGCUUCUGGCUGGGGCAGGGUGAUGGGUCAUCCAAUGGGACAACUUCAAACCAGGGCGACAUCUCAGAAAACCCAGACCUGCACUUCUACCAACUUAUUUAUGGCGUGAUGGUGGUUAUCAUGGUGACACUUGCCGUCAUGAAAUGCUUCUUCUUCACUUGGGUCACCAUGAAAGCAUCCUGUAAACUCCACGACACAAUGUUCACGAAGAUUUUCUCCAGUCCCAUGAGUUUCUUUGACACGACGCCAACAGGCCGCAUUCUCAACCGCUUCUCCAAAGAUCAAGAGGAGGUGGACAUCGCACUUCCCCAAAACAUGGACCCUUUCUUUCAGUUUAGCCUGCUGGUCACCUUCACCAUUAUCAUCAUCUCGGCUGUCUUCCCCGCUUUGCUGGUAGCUGUGGUUGUUAUGGGAGCUUUGUUCACCCUCAUCCUCUUUAUAUUCCAGAGGAGUAUCCGUCAGAUGAAGAAGAUGGAGAACAUCAGUCGCUCUCCCUGCAUCUCUCUCACCACCUCUACCCUGCAGGGCCUUAGCACCAUCCAUGCCUACAACUUAGAAGAUAGCCACAUUAAACUGUUCAAGUCACUGAAUGACAUCAACUCCAACUACUUUUUACUGUUUAACUCCGGGACACGUUGGCUCUCCUUCUGGCUGGACUUCAUGGCUGCGACCAUGUCCUUGUUGGUGUCUCUGUUCGUAGUGCUCAGCAGUAAUGACUUCAUCAAUCCGGCUUUGAAAGGCUUGGCCAUAUCCUACACCACACAGAUGACAGGCAUGCUUCAGUACGUAGUGAGGCAGUCGACGGAGGUGGAGGCCAGAUUCAACUCGGUGGAGCGGCUGCAGGAAUACAUCACGGAUUGUAAGCCUGAGGCUCCCAGACACAUAAAGGAGGCUCAGGUCCCAAAGGACUGGCCAAAGAGUGGAACCAUCACCUUCCAGGACUAUAAGAUGAGGUACAGAGAGAAUACACCCAUUGUCCUGAAUGGGCUCAAUUUUCUCAUCAAAGCUGGAGAGAAGCUGGGCAUUGUGGGAAGGACAGGCUCUGGGAAGUCCUCUUUAGGCGUGGCUCUGUUCAGGCUGGUGGAGCCAGCAGCAGGAACCAUCCUGAUAGAUGGUGUGGACAUUAUGGACAUUGGUCUGCAGGAUCUGCGCAGCAAAUUGUCUAUCAUCCCCCAGGAUCCCGUUCUAUUUAUUGGAACAGUCCGAUACAACUUAGACCCCUUCAAUAGCUACAAUGAUGAGGAGAUCUGGAAGGCACUGGAGAAGACCUACAUGAAGGACUCCAUCUCCAGACUGGAGGGGAAACUACAAGCACCGGUGCUGGAGAAUGGGGAGAACUUCUCCGUAGGAGAAAGACAACUAAUGUGUAUGGCUAGAGCACUACUCCGCAACUCCAAGAUCAUUAUAUUGGAUGCGCGGCAUACAUCCGACUCAGAGACAGACGCCUUGAUCCAGAACACCAUCAAAGAAGCUUUCCAGGACUGCACCAUGCUCACCAUCGCCCAUCGUAUCAACACUGUGCUGCACGCAGAUCGUAUUCUGGUUAUGGACAACGGAGAGGUGGCAGAGUUAGACCAUCCAGAUGUGCUGAAGCAAAGACCAGACUCUCUGUUCUCCUCACUGCUCACUGCUGCUAACACUGUGAACACCUGAACUAAAGAGGCCCCGUGGCAACACAGCACAACUACCAUUAUUUAACACCAUAACUCAGGAACAGAAGGCGAGACAUUUGGUUGGAUACUGAAUUGGUGACACUUAAUGUGUGUGCCCACAUUGAAACUGUUGGUUAAAGAUCUGUGUGAAGCCUCUAUGUUUAGGAUUUGUAGCUUAUUUGCAGCAACAUCCAUAUUUGAAGCAAUGGUCAUGGCUACAACUUUGGGUUCCAUCAGAAUCAGCUUAAUUGGCCAUCAUGUAAACACAUACAGGGAAUUUGAAUCUGUUUUGGUUUCUCUGAAUAAACUGACACACUAAUAGACACAGCAGAACAAGAACAACAAAGUUUAACAAAACUGGUCUCAAUCGCUAGUCCUCUUUAUACAGCAUGAUUUAAAUUUUUGGUCCCAUUUUGACAAGUCGAUACCACAGCGGUGUCCUCAGGUUCUCAGUCAGAUCCACGGCUCGCUCCUCCCUAGCUCCACCCUCUCUUCCAAAUAUGGUCACUUUUGGCUCCAUAAAACCAAGAUGGUGAUGGCAAAAAAACAAAAAACAGUGUCUAUUUGCACCCCCGUUACGAAUAGCCUCAGCCACACAGCUGAGCUAUUCACACCCUGUGACGUAACAACAAAAACA